GGGACGGGUUGUGAGGAGCGGCAUUCGGGGCGAGUCAGCAGUAGCGUUGACAGCGUGUUAGUGUGCGGCGGGCAGUGUUCAAGUCUACAUAUUGGCUACCCCACUACCUCUUCCCUCUUCUAAAACCAGCCUUCCCUCACGCUCCCAUUAAGACCCUGCACCUCGCACCGUUCACAGUGCAUCAUACUAGCUAUACGCAGGACCAGUAAACAGUUGUGUGAUAAAACAAAGUGGCUGUAAAUCCUCUGGCAAGCUCGGGUGAUUGGAGAGCUUGUUUACGAAAGUUUAACUGUGCGAGAGGUUACCGAGACGUCAUCCUUGGAGACCAAUCAAAGGUACGAAGACGUGUUGGACUGUGGCUGGCCUGCUCUCUGCUGUCAUUCUCUACAAGCACUUUCGAUGUCAACUGAAACUACUAGAACUUCACUGAAACUACUAGAACUUCACUGAAACUAAUAGAACUUCACUGAAACUAAUAGAACUUCACUGAAACUAAUAGAACUUCACUGAAACUAAUAGAACUUCACUAAAACUAAUAGAACUUAUCUGAAACGACUAGAACUUCACUAUAACGACUAGAACUUCACUGAAACUAAUAGAACUUCACUGAAACUAAUAGAACUUCACUGGGACGACUAGAACUUCACUAAAACUAAUAGAACUUCACUGAAACGCACUAGAUCUUAAUGAGAAGCUUGUAAAAGAACACGUUUGAUGAAUUUAUCACCCUGAUUGUAAGUGACUCGCCCCGUGGUACUCAUCGUUCCAGCUAGCGGUACCCACAACCACCCAGCGACGAUCCUUCUUAGACCUCCCCCCUGACGCCAAGGAACUACGUCAUCACACUCGCUCACCUUGUGAUCCCCGGCUCAGGCAUGGGCGGCCUUGGGGUUGUGGGCGGCAGGGGGUUGCUCCUGCUGACCCUCGCGACAUUCUGGGCGGCCACCUUAGCCAAGCUUGUCUACGUCGAGGAGAACCUUCCACUGCCGGGGGAAGAGUCACCGCCAGGGUCACCAUGGCCGCUGCCCCGCAAGUGGACAGACUCCCCAGACCAGCUCGCCAUCGACCCCGCCACCUUUAUCAUCUCCUCUGAUCUCACCGGAUGUGAUGUCAUAGAUGCCGCUUUACACAGGUAUCAGAACCUGGUGCUGAUUGAUCCUGAGGCAACGGCUGACCCUGGGCUGACUCUCCUGCCCUUCCUAAACGUGUCAGUAACCUCUGGCUGUGACCACACACCUCACCUCAAGCUCCACCCAGACUACGAAUCAUACACCCUAGAAGUGACGCUGACUGAGGUAGUAGAAACAGAAGGGUCGGAGCCAGUGUCUCAUGGGUCCGCUCGUCUGGUGUCCCACACAGUCUGGGGGGCUCUCAGAGGUCUGGAGACCUUCUCACAGCUCGUCCACAUUGUUGAACCAGAGAAUCAUUACCGCCUGAACGUGACGUUGGUGGAGGAUGCGCCAAGGUUCCCCCAUCGUGGACUGCUCCUCGAUACCGCCAGGCACUUCUUGCCUAAGGGCACCCUCCUUGAGGUACUGGACUCGAUGGCAUGGAACAAGUUCAACGUCCUCCACUGGCACAUCGUCGACGACCAGAGCUUCCCUUACGAGUCUAGGAUCUUCCCUAAUCUCACCGAGGGCGCCUACACACCACGACAUGUAUACACCCAGCGGGACGUGAUGGAUAUUGUAGAGUAUGCCAGAUACCGAGGCAUCAGGGUCAUCCCAGAGUUUGACACCCCAGGACACACACAGGGCUUCGGCAAGGCCUUCCCACACCUGCUGACACCAUGUUAUGGGGACGAUAAGACACCAGGCACUCCCAGCUUCCCCUUCCACGCUGCCUAUGAGAAUCUCGACCCCACCAACCCUCAGGUGUAUGACUUCCUUAAGGCCUUCCUGGUGGACCUGAAACACACCUUUGUUGACGGAUACAUCCACCUGGGCCUGGACGAGGUAUUCUUGCCUUGCUGGUCGAGCUCACCAGUAGUACGAGCCUUCAUGGCCAGACACAACUACACGGAGGUGCGACAGGUGGAGCGGCACUAUGUGGAGAAGGUUCUUGAGCUGGCUGACCGCACCCCCAUCAACUACAUCACCUGGCAGGACCCAGCAGACCGUGGCAUACAGAUGGCCAACACAAGUGUCGUUCAGGUGUGGAAGGACGUGUCUCUCUCACCGUCCAAGAUGCGGGGGUGGCGGGAUUAUGUGCACGACCUGACGGAGGCGGGCCACCAGGUGAUCCUCUCCUCCUGCUGGUACAUCAACUUUAUCACUUAUGGUCAAGACUGGAAGAACUUCUACAACUGUGACCCAACUGACUUUCAAGGCACUGAUGAACAAAAGAAACUGGUGCUGGGUGGGGAAGCAGCCAUGUGGGGAGAAUAUGUGGAUGCCACCAACAUCAUGCCACGCUUGUGGCCCCGCGCCUCAGCAGCAGCCGAACGCCUCUGGUCCUUGCCACUCAGCGAGGCGCCCUCCGUUGACAAUGCCGCCUACAGACUCGAUCAACACCGCUGUAGGAUGCUCAGACGAGGAAUCCCAGCACAACCCAUCCUGAAUGGUUACUGUGGUGAGUGGGAGGUCCCUCAAGAAGUUACCAUGUCCACUCCUCCACCCACCACAACUACCACCACUACCACAACUACUCCACCUCCGACCACCACCACCACAACACCCUCAACUACUCCACCUACCACUACCACCACAACUUCUACAACAACAGCCCCUACUACAAGUACUACCACCACCACUACUACCACAAGCUCUCCACCAACUUCAGCACCAACGGAGGCGUCUCCUCCACCUCCCACAGCACCAACUGAAGGUCAACAGCAGCCAGCAGAACACCAAGCUAAUCUUGCGCCUCAACAGUCGCCUGCUGCUGCCCUCACCACUUCAGCGACCCCAACAGCGACACCUGCUGCUGAGGCCACCGCAAAUGAACAACCAGAAGCAGUGAAAGCCGAGGCGUUAUGAAAAUAAACUAUUGACUUUGUGUCUUGUGCAUUUUAAGUGUGAAAUCAUUGUUGUUUUUUGUUUAAAGAAUUUAUUCCACUAUGAUUGGUUUCGUGGGACUUCAAGAGCAAUAAUGUGAGUGUAUUCUGUAGCCAUACUUUUGUCUAUUGUAUAAAUGUCUCAUCAUAUUUAGCAUGUGACGUGAACUACUGUGAAUUUUUUUUUCAUUUGUUAAAUUGUGUUAUUUACUUUUUUAACACAAAGUGCGUGUGUAACUUUAUUUUAUAUUAAGGUGGAUAAUUAAUCUUGCCAAAUGCAUAUAUCCCUAUCCCUGCUGCAGCUCAGCCACAAAGAUACUUACACAUUCUAGAGACUAAGAUCAAUGAAGAGAGAGUUUAGGCUCCUUCAUAUAUAUAUAUAUAUAUAUAUAUAUAUAUAUAUAUAUAUAUAUAUAUAUAUAUAUAUAUAUAUAUAUAUAUAUAUAUAUAUAUAUAUAUAUAUAUAUAUAUAUAUAUAUAUAUAUAUACAAGGAUGGGGAUUUUGAUGUGUUUACAUAUACGUACUCCACUUCUCUUAAAGAAGUUUACUGUGGCGUUGCUCUAUUGAAUGAGAUUCAGUCUUAAUGAAGAGAUUCUUGCUGUGAUUGACUAGUGUGUAUCCAUGAGUGCUAUGUAUACAGACUGAAUAAACAAAUGACAGUCUGCCUUUAUAAUAUGAUAGUGAGAGAAGAUGUCUGAAUUUAUACUUUUUUAUGAAUAUUUUAAUCCAUGCAAUAUCUAGUUAUCUUUUAUAUGCAGGACAGUUCAUCAACUAACACUUUUAGGCACUGAAAAGCAAGUGUGAUAUAUUUAUUCUUUCUUAUACUUUAAGGUAAAUAUUCCUAUUGGGUUGUCGUACUGUGUGGUGCAUGUUGGUGGAUUUAUUACAAUGUCUCUGUCCUCCCUCACACAUAACUUAAGAUGCCAUAUUCCUUCCACACAUUACACACUAUCCAUUCAUCACGUAAUAAUGCCAUCUCACUUACAUAGACGUCUCUUACACGUCACUUAACACUUAUAUCAUGUUCCUUAUAAUAUGACUUCAGUAAAGAGCUCUGUUGGUCAGUGUUUAUGUAGCGUUGAAGUUUUGAACCUCUGCUGUCUCUGUGUUGUUGAUAAAUAGUAAAUGUAGACUGACUGCAUUUCUAUUUAUUUAGGAGAUUUUUGUAAUGCCCACAUAUUUUACUGAAAUCUUAUUAAAUAUUUCAUUUAAAAA